ACUAACAUAAUUAUCAUGUAGCAACAGUGAAUUAUGCGCAAAUCUCAUGGCCAAGUUCGGCAUAUGUACUUGACGUCUUGUUAUACCGAUUUAAUUAGCUUUGCUAACAUUUCAAUUACCUCCGCAUAAAUUACCAUGCAAAAUGGGAUUUUACCUUUUUGUCUUGGAACCCCUGCAGCGCGUUCACUGUAACGUUCCUGAAAAUGAACUUAUUUGAAACUUUGGCGUCCAUCAAGAUGGAAUCGAGACACACCCUCACGCAAAGGCGUAGGACAGGAUGUAGUAAAUGUAACCUAUUUUGACCUUAAUAACGUGCCGUUAUCAUUCGAUGCGAUAUACUAUUUUAAAAUUGAAUGAAAUACUGCGACUUGAAAAAUACUUAUCUAUUUCAAUACGAUUUACUCCAAAUAUACAUCAUGGUAGCUUUCUGGUUACGAAGGCACAACAGGUGGGUGCGAGCGUUGUGCCUACUAUUCCUGGUUCCACAAUCUGCCUAUGGUCAUGAAGGGAAUAGACACGAGAGGUGCCUAACGACAAAUAAGGAGGCUGUGUGUUUAACACCGGCGUGUAUUCACAGUGCUUCGACUAUCAUCUACAACAUGAAUGCCUCGGUUGAUCCAUGCGAAGACUUUUAUAAUUUUGCUUGCGGAGGUUUUGUAGCAAGGAUGACCAUCCCUGACGAUUAUGCGACAGUUAGCCCUUUUACAAUAACCCAGGAGAAGUUGCUAACGCAAUUACGGGCCGUUUUGGAAGAACCCGUAAGCCCAACCGAACCAAACGCUUACAAGAUCUUAAAAAAAUACUACGCAUUGUGCAUGGAUACAGCCACUAUUGAUAAAAACGUACUGAGCGUUAUGACCGGUAUGCUAUCGAGCUUUGGUGGUUGGCCCGUGCUUGAGAAUGAUUGGAUGGCAGAGAACUUUGACUGGAAGGAGACUAUGUACCGGUUCCGGAAGGCUGGAAUGCCAGCCUUUAGCAUUGUUUACAUCUUCCCUGGUACUAAUACCUAUAAUACAUCUCAAAAUAUUAUGAAUUGCGACCAAGCCAAACUGAGCUUAGAUCGAAGGCACCUCGUAAAUGGCUUCGAUGACAAAUUUGUACAAUACUACUACCAAUACCUCGUUGACUUAGCCGUAAUGCUUGGCGCCAACAAAACCACAGCCGUGAAAGAGAUGGAAGAAUCUGUUAAAUUUGAAGUUGCAUUAACAAAGAUCACUUUAGCAACAGAGGACCGCAGAAAUGCUACCGCCUUAACUAAUAUAAUGACGUUAGCGGAAGCUCAAGAUAGAUUCCCAGUGAUUCCUUGGGUCGAAUACUUGGAAAACAUGGUCGAUGAUCCCAGUAUUAACAUUACCUUAGCCGAAGAAGUUGAUAUUGGCGUACCCAAUUUUCUUACAGACUUGGAUGGGUUGCUGAAACUUACCUCCAAAAGAACUUUGGCUAAUUAUAUAAUGUCACAGUUUGUUUACACCAUGGUACCGUUUACUUCAACCCAAAUGAGGUCGAGAAGACUCAAAUAUAUACAGCACUUCAAAGGAACUUCUCAGAUGAAUCCUCGAUGGAGAGAGUGUACGGAGCAGGCUUCUAAAGAGUUGCCUAUAGCGUCCGGUUCUUUGUACGUGCAGAAAUAUUUUAGCGAUGAAGCGAAAAGGGGCGCAGAAACUAUGGUAAAUUAUCUAAAAGACGAAUUUCUACACAUGCUCCAAACGUCCAAAUGGAUGGAUGAUGCCACAAGAAAAAAAGCGGUCAAGAAAGCGUUGAAGAUGAGUUCACAAAUUGGAUACCCAGAGGAAUAUUUGGACGACGCCAAAAUUGAUGGGGUCUACGAGAACUUAAAUGUCGAUACAAACGAUUACUUAACCUUAACCUUAAACAUCGAAAGAGUGAUUAGUGAUAAAUCAUAUAAAGAACUUAGAAUGCUAAUGAACAAAACAGAUUGGACCCAACAAAGUUCCGUGACAGUGGUAAAUGCCUAUUACAACCCAAUCGAAAAUGGCAUCGAACUUCCCGCUGGCAUACUGCAAGGUGUGUUUUUCGACCACCAAAGGCCGAACUACUUAAACUUUGGGUCAAUUGGUUUUGCGAUCGGUCACGAAAUCACUCACGGGUUUGACGACAUGGGACGACAGUACGACGAGAACGGCGCCUUAUCGGACUGGUGGGAAGAGCAUACCGCGAACCAAUUUUUGAAGCACGCCCAGUGCAUUAUCGAUCAAUUUAAUAACUACACUUCUCCGAUCACGAACCAACAGAUCAACGGUAUAAACACACAAGGUGAAAACAUAGCCGACAAUGGUGGAAUACGAAAAGCGUAUUUGGCUUAUCAAAAUUGGGUUAAGGACAAGGGUGUUGAACCGAAACUGCCAGGUUUGCAGUAUACGCCCGAGCAGUUGUUUUGGAUUUCGAUGGCAAACACUUGGUGCGUGAAAGAACGAGAGGAGUACUUGAUACAAGAAAUAUUGACUGACAGCCAUCCUCCAUCGGAUAUACGGGUUUUAGGAUUAGUAAGCAAUUCUGAGUAUUUUAGCAAAGAUUUCCAUUGUAAAUCCAAUUCGAAAAUGAAUCCUGCACAUAAAUGUCAGGUUUGGUAAUACGUUAUACUAAUGUAGUUAGUUGCGGAAACGUAGGUAAAUUUGUUUGUUAUUAAAAUACACACGUCUAAUUUUUUAUAAAAUUAUAAAGUAAUAGUAAAGUGUUUCAGUUA